AUGGGGGGGGUGGCCGAAUGGGGGUGUUCCGACUUACUCGGGAUUUUCGAUGUAUCGACAGGGGGGUACCAACAGAUAUACACGGAUCACCGGGCAGUCACUGUGGCUUGGUCGCCGGAUGGAGCCUGGGUUGCGUCAGGUGGCAGCUCCAUCACUGAAAGGUGCCCCAUUGUGGAGAUCUGGGAAAGACGAACUGGAAAGUCGGUUCUGAAGAUCAAAUAUGAGGAACCAAACAGGCCAGAGUGGACAGACGUUCCCAGCUAUAUGGAUAUAUCAGCCGACAAAAGGUUCCUAGCAGCAGGCUCUCGAAUCGACAUAUGCGUGUGGAACACGUCAACUCGUGCUUUGACGUGGGUGAUGUCCAAUUCCCACAUAGACAAUAUAUACUCAAUAUGCUUUUCACCAAACGCUCAGCGAAUCAUUUCGGCAUCCUAUGCAUCAACAAUCAAAGUCUGGGACUUAUCAAUAAUCGGAGAGGCCGUACCCAACUUUCCAGAUGAUCACGCGACAAAUUUAGUCUGUGCCGAUGAGGAUCACUUUGCGGCAUAUUACCCCGAAAUGAAGAAAAUCAGACUUUGGGGCAGACGACCCAAUAUACCGGAGUCAAGUUUCUACGAGGAGCAUGUGUCUGCUAUCGCACUCUCUCAAGACAGCCAGCAACUUGCAUUGACUACUUUUGAUAAGACCACGAUCACGAUUUGGAACAUAAGUACCCGCGCUAUCACGAUCAGAGUCUGUGGUCGUACAGAGCACAUUUGCUUCGAUGCGCGUGACUCUGAAGAGAGCGUUUGCCAACGAAGACAUUGGGACGAUGAAGUAGCUGAUGACGACUACGUCGAAAGACAAAGAAAAAGGUUUAAGAGAAUGCCUAAAAUUGACUCUUUGACCUUUCGGAAUGCGUCUCAGCUUUUUUCAAGUUUGGGGGGUUUGAUCAAGAUCUGGAAGACAUCUAACGGCAGCUGCUCGCACACCAUCGCCUCCGGUCAUAGCUUUGCUACAGAUAUCACCUUUUCGAGCCAAGGCCAAAGAUUUGCUUGCCUAGCAUCUGAUGGCCAAGGGAUCUGGAAAGGCGUCAUCCAGGUCUGGGACGUCGUUACAAAGCAGUGCAUUUCAACGCUUUCUUUAGAACAACCUUCAAUCUGCUAUAUCAGAUCUCUGAGCUUCUCAGCAGAUAUGCAACAGCUUGCGUUUUCUUUACACCACGAUUCAGAGAGGUCGGAAGCAAUGCCCUUCUUCCGCGGGUAUGGUCUCAGCCGCGAUCGAGAAUGGAUCGUGCGUGACGGGAAACGGUUGUUAUGGAUCCCUCCAGAUUUCAGACGCCCUGAUAAUGUCGACGACAUCAUUCCCGGUAUAGAUGGAUUGAGUAUCAUAUGGCUGAGAGGCAGCCGAGAUCCAGUGAAAACCGAGAUUGCUUGCACUCAUCCUGCUCACCUUGCUCACCCUAAUUAUACCGUCCUCAAGGCGGCGGAUGACCUGGCUAUAUUGCUGGCUCCAGAAUCUCUAAAUCCUUCGGGCCGCCGGACCGCCGUCCCCUAA